UCUAGUCAAGUGAGGCUCUGAUUUUGAUUUAUAGGAAGUAUGUAAAAAACAAUAAGCGGGGGUGGUAGGGAUUGUCAGUGAGUGAUUACUGUUAAAAAUCACGUCUCAUCGUGGAUAAUGCGUCGGUAAUAAUCGUGCGGAUUGUUUCCCAGCGCUCAUCUGCCGCAAUGAACGUAGUAAACUCUCUUAUUGGCCUCUUUUCCAAGGUGGUAUAUUGAUUCGCGGACGGCGCAGAGCUUCGCCAACAAGGGCGGGUUUACACCCAUACCCGCCUAAAAUGUAUUUUUGUUUAAAGUUCAUGCGGUUUUUGCUAACCGCGUCUCUAUUCUGCGUUGUUGGCUUCUGUUCCGAAGAUGAAGAACGUCUGGUCCGCGAUUUGUUUCGCGGGUACAACAAGCUCAUCCGCCCGGUUCAAAACAUGACCCAGAAAGUCGACGUCAGAUUUGGACUCGCUUUUGUGCAGCUGAUCAAUGUGAACGAGAAAAACCAGAUCAUGAAGUCUAAUGUCUGGCUGCGAUUCGUUUGGACCGAUUAUCAGUUGCAAUGGGACGAGGCGGAUUACGGCGGGAUUGGAGUGUUGCGUUUGCCUCCCGAUAAGGUUUGGAAACCAGACAUCGUUCUGUUCAACAACGCCGACGGCAACUACGAGGUUCGGUACAAGAGCAACGUGUUGAUAUACCCAACGGGAGAGGUUCUCUGGGUGCCUCCAGCGAUCUACCAAAGUUCGUGCACCAUCGACGUCACCUACUUCCCCUUUGACCAGCAAACGUGCAUCAUGAAGUUUGGCUCCUGGACAUUCAACGGCGACCAGGUGUCCCUGGCACUUUACAACGACAAGAACUUCGUGGACCUUUCAGACUACUGGAAGAGCGGCACAUGGGACAUCAUUAGCGUGCCUGCCUAUCUGAACAUAUAUCACAGCGACUUUCCGACCGAAACCGACAUCACGUUCUACAUAAUAAUCAGGAGGAAGACCUUGUUUUACACUGUCAAUCUCAUCCUGCCAACCGUCCUCAUUUCGUUCCUCUGCGUCCUGGUGUUCUACCUGCCAGCCGAAGCUGGGGAGAAAGUCACCCUGGGCAUCAGUAUUCUCUUGUCACUUGUCGUGUUUCUUCUGCUGGUCAGCAAGAUCCUGCCGCCAACAUCGCUUGUGCUUCCGCUGAUAGCGAAGUACCUCUUGUUCACCUUCAUAAUGAAUACCGUCAGUAUUUUGGUCACGGUUAUCAUAAUAAACUGGAACUUCCGAGGGCCGAGGACCCACCGGAUGCCGCAGCUGAUACGGAAGAUAUUCCUCAAGUAUCUGCCAACCAUUCUUCUCAUGCGUAGACCCAAGAAGACCAGGCUCAGGUGGAUGAUGGAAAUUCCGAACGUUACUCUACCGGCCUCAACUUACUCUGGGAGUCCCACCGAGCUCCCGAAACACCUGCCUGCUGGUCUCGCUAAGCCCAAAAUGGAAGUAAUGGAACUCUCCGACUUGCAUCAUCCCAACUGCAAGAUCAAUCGCAAGGUUCACCACACCACAAGCGCUUCGACAACUGCAGCUGGAGGAGGCGAUGCUCUGGGGGAUAGGAGAGGAUCCGAAAGCUCUGACUCCGUGCUGCUCAGCCCGGAAGCUAGCAAGGCAACGGAGGCCGUUGAGUUCAUCGCCGAGCAUUUGAGGAACGAGGAUCUUUACAUUCAGACACGAGAGGAUUGGAAAUACGUUGCAAUGGUGAUCGAUCGGCUGCAGCUGUAUAUAUUUUUUGUUGUCACAACGGCUGGUACAAUAGGGAUAUUGAUGGAUGCACCUCAUAUAUUUGAGUACGUCGAUCAGGACCGUAUAAUUGAGAUUUAUCGAGGAAAGUAAUUUAGCGCGGAAUUGAAACGGUGGGCUGGACGCUCCGUGACUUUGGAGGAAGCUGAAGACCGAAUCCCCGAGUGUUGGGAUAGCCCGAUAAACAAAUAUCCCGCGAAGACCCGUUUCUUUUGAAACUCGUGAAAAUAUAAGCCGCUCACUUGAUCGCGUUGUAAAUCCAAAACGUAAAUGUUGAUCAUCCGCCAUAUUUUUUCUGGUAGAAAUUUUUCCCCAGAUGAUAACUGAUCUUUUGCAAGCGGAUAAUCGAUUGAUGCUCCACUGCCGGUUGGUGUGUGAUAUUGAAUUUAUUUUUCAAGAUGGUUUUCCAUCAGCAUGUAAGCCCUGCAUAUUAAGUCUUCCCUAAGUAACAAAGUACAGAAAUGAAAGAGUCUACACAUUAAUUGGUGGGUAAAGGGUGGGAAAAAAAUGUCCGUGGGUCGUCGAAUGCUUUCGACUGUCCGGUGGAAGGAAAAUAUUAAAGAAAUAAAAAAUAAAAAAUAACCAUCCGCUAUGAAAAUGUCGAGUCGCAUAAAAUUAUGAAAUUACGUACAUACCUAUGUAAACGCAAUGUCUAAAUGUGGAUGUAAUAAAUUAAAAAACGAUCCUGAUCCAAGCAGCAGCUAUCUACCUGCAUUAUAUAUUCGUAUCUACACGUAAUUUGUUUUAAAUAUGCAUAUAAGGGUAAAAUUAUUCAACUCAAAACGAAAAAUGAAAUAAAUAAAUAUGCGUAAGUAUAAAAUAAACUUUGUAGAAAUCGUUCUGUUAACACUAAUGGUCAUUCAUCGGUGGUUUGAUAUGUGCUAUUAGAAACGUUGUAAUACUCAUGGUCAAGUUUUACUUUCGUAGCAUUAAAGUAUACCUAUAACUAGCUAAUUGUAAGCAAGUGUCUAGCCUAAGCCAAGAUUUAGAAAAAUAAUGUGUACUAAUAUUAUAGCGUGUAGAUACAAUAAAAUAUGGCCAAAGA